CGGUCCGUCGAGCUCCCCAGCUUGGUUCUUCUUCAUUUAGGUACACGGGAGCACGCACAUGUCGGGCGUUUUUGCGACAUUCCUCCGUUGGCGCGUCGUUCCUACAACCACGGGCGCGUUAUAAGGCGAUGUUGCAAGGUGCUCUGCUGCUAAGGUCCCACCCGGUCAUACGGCUUCGCUCAGGAUGAGGUUCUCUGCGUCGUUCUCGGUGCUCUUCGCGUUUGUGUCGUACGCUGCUGCCCAGUCCGCAGAGUGGGGUCAAUGUGGAGGUAUCGGAUGGACUGGUGCAACAACAUGUGUUUCCGGCACAGUGUGCACCGAACUCAACUCUUAUUACAGCCAAUGCCUCCCCGGUACCGCGACCACUGCUCCCAGCGGCGGAUCAUCAACCACCAGCGCUGCCAGCGCACCUUCUUCAACGGCGACUGUCGGCCUCGCGGUCGCUGCCAAAGCCGCCGGCAAAACCUACUUCGGCUCUGCUACCGACAAUCCAGAGUUGACCGACACAGCCUACGUCACCAUCCUGAACCAAACUUCCGAAUUCAUGCAGCUGACGCCUGGAAACAGUAUGAAAUGGGAUGCUACCGAGCCUGAACAAGGCGUCUUCGACUUCAGCGGCGGAGACCAAGUUGUCAACCUCGCGAAGGCCAAUGGCCAACUCGUCCGCGGACACAAUUGCGUCUGGUACAACCAACUCCCGUCUUGGGUCUCCGGCGGUAGCUUCACAGCAGCCGAGCUGACCUCCAUCGUGCAGACGCACUGCAGCACCAUCGUCAGUCACUGGGCAGGCGAUAUUUACUCGUGGGAUGUCAUCAACGAGCCCUUCAACGACGACGGCACCUGGCGCUCCGACGUCUUCUACAACACCCUCGGUACCGACUACGUCCCUCUCGCGCUCCAAGCUGCCCGCGCUGCGGACCCGAACGCGAAGCUGUACAUCAAUGACUACAACAUCGAGGGCAGCGGCGCCAAGGCAACCGCGAUGCUGAACCUCAUCAAGUCGCUGCAGUCGCAGGGGGUGCCGAUCGACGGCGUCGGGUUCCAAUGCCACUUCAUCGUCGGCGAGCUCCCGAGCACGCUGCAGACGAACAUCGAGGCGUUCACCGCGCUCGGGAUCGAGCUCGCGAUCACCGAGCUCGAUAUCCGCAUGACGCUGCCCGCGACGGACGCGCUGCUCGAGCAGCAGAAGCAGGACUACCAGACCGUCAUCGGCGCGUGCAACGCCGUCGAGGGGUGCAUCGGCGUCACGAUAUGGGAUUACACGGACAAGUACUCCUGGGUGCCUUCGACGUUUUCGGGCCAGGGCGCGGCUUGCCCUUGGGACGAGAAUUUCGUGCGCAAGCCCGCGUACGACGGUAUCGUCGCUGGCUUCCAAUCCUAGAUGGGUCAUGUUUUCAUCUUGUGUUCUUCGUCUUACCGGCGAGUUCGUGUGUGAAAUACCGGAAUGUACUCUACAUCCAGCUGUGGGAUCGAGCGGAAUCGAGAUAUCGGCUGAACACUCCG